UUUGCCAGGACUGCGGCAACAGGCUGACGCACUCUCACUCACUUUUAGUCACCUGUUAUUUACUGGAUACAUGCUGGUUUUGCGUCUUCUCCUGGCUAUGGGGAACUGUCGGAAUCCACUAUUGUAAUCUCUUUCCUGCUGGUUGAAAAUUGGAGUUUCUAGUUUUGUUUGUUUCUUUUUUUUUUUUUUUUUGUACAACUUUUACCAGUGGAAGUCGCGGAUAAAAGCGUCAAGAUGUCAAAAAGCGCCACGGAGGAGGUGAACAAGCUCACAGAAAGUACAUACAAGAAUGUCAUGGAACAGUUCAACCCAGGGCUGAGGAAUCUGAUCAACCUGGGCAAAAACUAUGAAAAAGCUGUGGCUGCCAUGAUUCUGGCAGGGAAGUUGUAUUUUGAUGCCGUGUCAAAGAUUGGAGAGAAUGCUGCAACAUCCCCAGUCUCCAGAGAACUGGGUGUGGUUUUGAUGGAAAUCUCAGAGGUUCAUCGUAAAGUUCAUUAUGAGCUGGAGGAAAAUUUUAAAAGGUUUCACCGGGAGAUAGUCGCUGAGCUGGAGAAAAAAACAGACAUGGAUGUCAAAUACAUGACAGCCACCUACAAGAGGUAUCAAAUGGAGCACAAGAUGAAGCAGGAUUCUGUGGAGAAGUCACAGUCAGACUUGAAGAAACUAAGAAGAAAAAGCCAAGGCAAGAAUGCCAACAAGUACGAAAACAAAGAGAGUGAGGUCCUGGAGACCUUGACGACACGUCAGAUGGACAUGCAGUUGUUCAUUGCUGAUGGCUGCAAAGAGGCCUUACUGGAGGAGAAAAGGCGCUUUUGUUUUCUAGUGGACAAACACUGCAUGCUCUCCUACCAAACUGCUGCUUUUCAUGACAAGGCCAAGGAUAUUCUCAAAUCAAAGAUCAGCUCCUGGCAGGAUCAGUGCAAUGAUGCGACGGACGUGCCAGACAGUGUGCUGACCAUGAUCGAAUCUCUGCGUGCUCCAGUGUCCAUCACGCCAAUGCCCUCGCCCUCCCCCUCCCGCCACAGUGUGAACAUAUCGGAUCCACCUGCUCCCAUGAAAAAGGCUCACACUAGUCCACUUGCAAAUCUGUUUGAACAAGGAAGUCAGGAACCAGUUUCAGAUUAUGGUAACGGUGAUGAUGCAGGCCUCUCCAGGUCUGUGUCUGUAGCCACCGGUCUGAACAAUGUGGUGAAACGGCCUCGAGUCCGGACCAUCUUCCCACACAGUGCCGGCAACAACAGCACCCUGAUCAGCUUUGACGAGGGAGACGUUAUAGUUCUGCUGAUCCCUGAAGAGAGAGACGGAUGGAUGUACGGAGAGCUGGAGAAAAAUGGAAAGAGGGGCUGGUUCCCUUCGUCCUACUGCCGAGCACUCACAGAGCCUCUGGUGAACAACAACAGUGUCUCAGCAGCCCCAUACCGAAGCAGAAGUGUUGUCAACCUUCAUCAUCAAGACACAGAGACAGAUGAGGCGACCAUGGUGCUGCCCCCAGCCGACUAUUCUGCUGUGUCGUAUCAAAACCUGGUCAAAAGUAGUAUGACGUCAUCUGUCUACACAGUCUCUAAUGAUCACCACCAGCCCUCACCCACGCCCUCUGCCGCCUCAUCCUCCUCAUCUGACCCCAAUACGCCAGCACAGCCAAAUGGCACCUCCAGACCUGCACCUGCUCCUUAUCUAGCAGGAGGAAACCCUUUUGCCACAGUCCGGCUACGUCCCACUGUCACCAAUGACCGCUCUGCACCAGUUAUUUGAUGAGGCUCCACUUUUGUGUCUCCCACUCGCUUGUUAAUCCAAACUGCUGGAAUCAGGCUUUGUGGUUCAGAAACAUUUGGUCUGGAUUAAACUGAACUUUUCCAGCACUGACUUGAAAAAUGCCAUUGGAUUAUAGGAUAUCCUUGUGACUGCAAACUCUCAAAACCAUUUUAUUAUGAUACCCUUAUAUUUAAGCUGUAUUUUAUAUCUAUGUUCAGUCUUUUGUUUGUGGUGGUGAUGACGACAUGGAAGUGACCACAUUUGUACCUGCACUUGACAAGUUUAAUAAAUAUGGUCAUAAAAUAUUUGUGUUGCAUUGCAUAGAGAAUGUUACAGAUUGUUAUUGUUGCCAUAGGACAGUAGAUUAAUGUACUGUUGAACACU